GCUCCGCGUGCCAUUGGGCAGCGGUCCGCCGCUCGGCUCCGGGGUGGGCUGCUACGGGAGGGUCCUCGACGAAAGCCCGAAGCACAUCAAAGUGGUGGGACUCGCGUCGCGGCCGCCGAGACUGCAAGCUCUCGAGGCGGACUCCUGCGAUCCGGGUCGCCGCUCGCCCUCGCCCGCCCGUCCGUCCGUCCGCCCGCGGUUCCCCUCGCCAUGGAGAAGACCGAGUUGAUCCAGAAGGCCAAGCUGGCCGAGCAGGCCGAGCGCUACGACGACAUGGCCACCUGCAUGAAAGCCGUGACCGAGCAGGGCGCCGAGCUGUCCAACGAGGAGCGCAACCUGCUCUCGGUGGCCUACAAGAACGUGGUCGGGGGCCGCCGGUCCGCCUGGAGGGUCAUCUCCAGCAUCGAGCAGAAGACCGACACCUCCGACAAGAAGUUGCAGCUGAUCAAGGACUAUCGGGAGAAAGUGGAGUCGGAGCUGAGGUCCAUCUGCACCACCGUCCUGGAAUUGUUGGAUAAGUAUUUAAUAGCCAAUGCAACUAAUCCAGAGAGUAAGGUCUUCUAUCUGAAAAUGAAGGGAGAUUAUUUCCGGUACCUUGCUGAAGUUGCAUGUGGGGAUGAUCGAAAACAAACGAUAGACAAUUCUCAAGGAGCUUACCAAGAGGCUUUUGACAUAAGCAAGAAAGAGAUGCAACCCACACAUCCAAUCCGCCUGGGGCUUGCUCUAAACUUUUCUGUAUUUUACUAUGAGAUUCUUAAUAAUCCAGAGCUUGCCUGCACACUGGCAAAAACGGCUUUUGACGAGGCCAUUGCAGAACUUGAUACACUGAAUGAAGAUUCAUACAAAGAUAGCACCCUCAUCAUGCAGUUGCUUAGAGACAACUUAACAUUAUGGACAUCAGACAGUGCAGGAGAAGAAUGUGAUGCGGCAGAAGGGGCUGAGAACUAAGCACAAACAGGGUCUCAUCCUUCUCUUCAAGAAAGCUUUUUACACAUCUCCAUUCCUUAUUCCACUUGGAUUUCCUAUAGCAAAGAAAACCCGUUCAUCUGUAUGGAAUCAACUGUUCAUAGUCUUUUCACACUGCAGCUUUGGGAAAACUCCACUCCUUGAUUAGUGUUUGUCUUGGCCUUCCUUGUGUGCAGUUACUGCUGUAGAAAAGUAUUAAUAGCUUCAUUUCAUAUACACAUAAGUAACUUCCAGACACUUAUGUAGAGGACUAAAAAUGUACUCGGUAUUUAAGUAAUCUGAACCAGUUCUUCAAGUGACUGUGUUUUGUAUUACUGUGAAGACACGAAAAUGUAGUGAAUUACAGCUUGAAGCGUGUUCUACAUAAUUUCCUUAUUUCUACAUUCCCUCCCUUACUCUUCUUUGGGGUUUCCUUUCAGAAAGCAACUUUUCCAUGCUCUUACUGUAUUCCUUUUUAGGAGGAAUCCAGAUGUAUUAGAUUGAAUGGGAAAGCACUUGAUGUUUCUGGGUGAGGGGAUUCCAAAUUGAAAUACCUCCUUUUUCACUUCUUAAUGGAGGUCAUGUAUGUGACAACAGGGAGUUUCCUAUUCAUUCUUCAUUUGCUGCUGUUUAAGUUGACAACUUCCCUUCCCAAUAAAAAUUCACUUACACCUCC